AUGGUGAAAUAUAGUAUAGCGUGAGUGAAUUUGAAUUGGAAAAUAAAAUUAAAAAAAAAAAGAUUUUUAGCCUGGUCUCCGAUUUCUUUUGCCCGAAUGCUGGAGGCAUCGAAACACACAUCUAUUUCCUUGCACAAUGUUUAUUGGAUCUCGGGCACAAAGUGAUUGUGAUAACUCAUGGAUAUGGAGAUCGGAAAGGGAUUCGAUAUUUGUCGAAUGGGCUGAAAGUCUACUAUUUGCCAUUUUUGAUUGUUUAUAAUGGAGCAUCGUUGGGAUCAAUUGUGGGAAGUGUGCCGUGGUUUAGAAAAGUUUUUCAACGCGAACAAAUUCAGAUUGUUCAUGGGCAUAGUGUAGGUGGUUUUUAGAAGUAAAAUUCGCACUGAAAAAUAAUUUUUUUUUGCAGACAUUUUCCUCGUUGGCUCACGAAUCUUUGAUGAUUGGUAGUCUUAUGGGUCUUCGAACUGUUUUCACUGAUCAUUCACUUUUUGGAUUUGCUGAUGCUUCCGCAAUUCUUGUUAAUACAUUGGUUUUGAAAUAUUCGCUGGUUAAUGUUGAUCAGGUUAUUUGUGUUAGUUAUACGAGGUGAGGUUUUGGGUCAAAAAAAAAAGAAAUAGAAAUUUUCAGUAAAAUCUUAAGCUACGUGGAUUUUUGUGGCAAAAAAUUGAAGAAAAAAUGAUUCCACGUGGAUUUUUCCCGCCAAAAAUUAACAUUUGAAAUUUUUUAAAUAAGGAAAUGUUGCCACGUGGAUUUUUAGCUCAAAAUUUUAGAAAAAAACGCCACGUGGCAUAAAUUUUAUGCAAAAAUUUGAAAAUUUAAAUUUUUUCGAGAAUUUUCAAAGUUUUGCAUGCAAGAAAAUUUGCCACGUAAUUUUUUUCGCGCAAAAAAAAUUAAUAAUUUGAAAUUUUUAAAUAAGGAAAUGUUGCUUUUCCCGCCAAAAAUUGUUUAAAAAUGCCAUGUGGCAUAAAUUUUAUGCAAAAAUUUGAAAAUUUGCAUUCUUUUGAAAAAUUUUUAAUUUUUCUAAUGAAAAAUUGCCACGUGGAUUUUUCGCGCAAAAAAAAAAGAAAUUUCUAAUUUUUUUAAUAACGAACUGUUGCCACGUCGAUUUUUAGUUCAAAAAAUUGAAAAAAAAUGAUUCCACGUGGAUUUUUUGCGCAAACAUUUGAAAAUUUGAAUUUUUUUUUUUUGAUUUUCUAUUUUUUGUAAGAGAGAAAACUUGCCACGUGGAUUUUUAGCUCAAAAAUUGCUUUAAAAUGCCACGUGGCAUGAAUUCGGCGCGAAAAUUUGAAUUUUUUCGAAAAUUUUCAAAGUUUAGCAUGGAAGAAAACUUGCCACGUAGAUUUUUCGCGCUAAAAUUUCUGGAAAAAAAUUCAGAGCUAGAUUUUGAGCCCCCAAAGUCGAAUUAGAGUUGAAAAUGACCCCUGGGAACGAUUUUUGAGCUAAAAAAUCAAUUUCAGCAUCUCCUGAGCUUGAUUUUGAGCCCAAAUUCUUAUUUUUAUUUCAGCAAAGAAAACACGGUGCUACGCGGUCAAUUAAACCCCUCAAAAGUGUCAACAAUUCCAAAUGCCAUCGAAACUCGCUUGUUCACUCCAGAUUCUCAACAAUUCCAUCAAAAUCCAACAACUAUAAUCUAUUUGGGAAGAUUGGUUUAUCGAAAAGGUGCCGAUUUGCUAUGUGAUAUUAUUCCAAAAGUUUGCGAAGCUCACAAAAAAUGUCGAUUUAUAAUUGGAGGAGAUGGUCCGAAAAGAGUGGAAUUGGAGGAAAUGCGGGAGAAAUUCAAAUUGCAUGAUAGAUGUAUUAUGUUGGGAAUGUUGCCGCAUAAUAAAGUGAGAGAGGUGCUCAAUCAGGUCAGGAGUUUUUUUUUUUGGGAUUUUGGACGAUUUCUUGUGAAAAAUACAGUUUCUUAACUGUUUUCAAAUACUUUGAGCUUCUGAGCUUUAAAUUGCUCCCCAAAAAUUUUUUUUUGUGAUUUUGGACGAUUUUUUUGUGGAAAAUACAGCUGUUUUUUCCAAAUUUUCUAAAAUUUUUGAAGAUUUUGAAGCUGAAAAUUCGGAUUUUUCAAUUUUUCAAAGUUUGUACCCCAAAAAUCCACGUGGCAUUUUUUCUCUUGAAAAUUUGAAUCUGAAAUUUUUGAGCCAAUCGAGAGCUGUCAAGGCUCGGCUAUUUAUAAACAGGGCUCUCUAGGAGCAGUUGCUUGACACAGAAGCUCUCAAGGCGCGGCUCCUUGACAUAGAAGAUCUCUAGGCUCGGCUGCUUGAGAACUGGGAUCUCAAGGCGCGGCGACUUGACACCUAGACUCUCUAGGCGCGGCUCCUAGACAAUUAGGUUCUCUAAGCUCGGCUCCUAGACAAUUAGGUUCUCUAGGCGCGGCUGCUUGAAAACUGGAAUCUCUAGGCUCGGCUGCUUGACACAGAAGCUCUCAAGGCUCGGCUGCUUGAAAACUAGGCUUUCUAGGCUCAGCUCCUUGUUGAAGUGAAUCUCUAGACGCAGCUCCUAGACAAUUAGGAUUUCUAGGCUCGGCUACUUGACACAGACAAAAUCACGUGGCAGCAAAAUCAAACCUAAUAAGUUUUCGCUGAAAAAUCAACAUAAUUGCCACGUGGAAAAAAAUAUUUUUCAAUUUUUAAAGCAAUCAGAAAUUUUUGAAAUCCUGAAUUGAACUUUGGGGCGAAAAAUCCACGUGAAGCUCAAAAAAUUCCAGAUUUUUCAGCUAAAUUUUUCUCAUUCCAGGGUCAAAUCUUCAUCAAUACCUCAUUAACCGAAGCAUUUUGUAUGAGUAUAGUUGAAGCUGCAAGUUGUGGUCUACACGUCGUUUCAACCCGCGUUGGUGGAAUUCCUGAAGUGUUGCCUGAGGAGGAGUUUAUAUCGCUGGAAGAACCAGUGGCUGAAGGUUGGUGGGAUUUUUCUUGUUGUGGAAUUUUUCACUGUUUCAAAAAAAAAAUUUCAAUAAUUUUGUUGGACAAAAAAUCAAAUUUUUUCAUUGGGAAUUUUUCACUGUUUGAAAAUUUCUACAUAUUUUUGGAGGAUUUUCGAGAUUUCGAUUCUAUUUUGAUAUUUUUUUCGGACGAAAAUUCACAUUUUUUCAUUCAGAAUAAAAAAAAAUUAUAGAAAUUUUCACUGCUUCAAAAAUUUGACAUAUUUUUUGAGAAUUUUUGAAAUUUCGAUUUGAGUUUGCCUAUUGCGUGACAAAAAAAUUCAAAUUUUUCAUUGUUAAUUUUUCACUGUUUCAAAAUUUUUUGUUAUUUUGAAGGAAAUUUCAAUAUUUGCUCCAGUUUCUAUUUUUCCAAGCUGAAAUUCUAAAAAAAAACUAUUUUGUCAAGUUUUUUUCACUGUUCCAAAAUUUCCACUUAUUUUUAGAGCAUUUUUGAGAUUUCGAUUCUAUUUUCUUUUUGGUCGAACAAAAAUUCACAUUUUCAAACCUCAUCCAAGAACCUGGAGAAGUGGGUAAAAAAUUGCCCACCUGGGUUUAUUUACCAAAUUUGCCCACCUAGUGAACAAAUUUUGCCCAGCUGAGGCUCGCCUUAAAGACCCUAAAAAAUUUUGCCCACCUAGGUUUUUCGAAAAAAAAUUGCCCACCUGGAAUUCCAGGUGUUGGGUGAGCUUUGCACAUUUUUCUUGCUGUGAAAAAUUUCACUGUUUCAAAAUUUUCACAUAUUUUUGAAGGAAUUUUCAAUAUUUGCUUUGCUGACUAAUAUUCCUAUCAAAAUUCAUUAAAAAAAAUUUUGUUGAAAUUUUUUUCACUGUUUCAAGGAUUUUUGAAAUUUUGGAGGAUUUUUGAAAUUUUGAUUCGAUUUCGUUUGUUUUUAUCGAAAAAAAAUUCAAGUUUUUAUUGAAAAUUACUCACUGUUUCAAAAUUUUUACAUAAUUUUGGAAUGAAAUUCAAAUAUUUGUCUCAAUUUCUGCUUUUCCAAGCUGAAAUUCAUCCGAAAAAAAUAAUUUUUAAUUGAAAAUUUUUCACUGUUUCAAAAUUUUUUGUUAUUUUGAAGGAAAUUUCAAUAUUUGCUUUGUUUCCUAUUUUUUCAAACUAAAAUUCAUCCGAAAAAAAUUAAUUUUUAUUGGAAAUUCUUUCACUGUUUCAAAUUUUUCAUAUAAUUUUGAAGGAUUUUUUGAAAUUUCGAUUUAAUUUCGUUCAUUGUGUGACAAAAAAAUUCAAUUUUUUCUUGUUGUGAAAAAAUUUCACUGUUACAAAAUUGUUUAUUAUUUUGAGAGAAAUUUCAAUAUUUCCUGUUUUCUUUAAGCUAAAAUUGAUUCGAAAAUAAUUUUUGUUGAAAUUUUUUUCACUGUUUCAAAAUUUCCACAUAUUUUUGGAGGAUUUUUUGAAAUUUCAAUAUGAUUACAAAGCGUAUUUCUGACUAAAAAUUCAGAUUUUUCAUUGUUAAUUUUUCACUGUUUCAAAAUUUUCAUAUAGUUUUGAAGGAAAUUCAAAUAUUUGCUUUAGCUUGUAAUUUUAUUUUUCAAAGCUGAAAUUCAUCUAAAAAAUAUAUUUUUCAUCGAGAUUUAACAAUUUUGUUGAAAUUAUUUUUCACUGUUUCAAAAUUUUCUCAUAUUUUUAGAGGAAAUUUUAAUAUUUGCUUCGCCAUCUAAUAUUCCUACCAAAAUUCAUCCAAAAAAAACAAAUUUUUUAUCUUGAUUUUUUCACUGUUUCAAAUUUCGUUUUAUUAUUUUGAAGGAAAUUUCAAUAUUUCAACCAAAAUUAAUUUUUUUCAUGGAGAAUUUUUUCACUGUUUCAGAAUUUUCACAUAAUUUUGAAGGAUUUUUUUGAAAUUUCGAUUCGAUUUCGAUUUAGAACAAAAAUUUACAUUUUCAUCGAAAAUUCUUCACUGUUUCAAAAUUUCCACAUAUUUUUGAAAGAAAUUUCAAUAUUUGCUUUAUUUUUUGUUUUUUCAUCCAAAAAAAAUAAUUUUUAAUUGAAAAUUUCUCACUGUUUCACAAUUUUCAAAUAUUUUUGAAGGAAAUUUCAGAAUUUGCUUAAGUUUCUAUUGUUCUCAACUAAAAUUCAUCCGAAAAAAAAUUAAUUUUUAUUGGAAAUUCUUUCACUGUUUCAAAAUUUUCCCAUAUUUUCGGAGGAUUUUUGAAAUUUCAAUAUGAUUACAUAGCGUUUUUCUGACUAAAAAUUCAAGUUUUCAUUGAAAAUUUCUCACUGUUUCAAAAUUUUGUUUCAUUAUCUUGAAGGAAAUUCAGAUAUUUAAUUAAGUUUCUAUUGUUCUCAACCAAAAUUCAUCCAAAAAAAAUAUUUUGUUCAAAUUUAAAAUUCACUGUUUCAAAAUUUUCAUAUAUUUUUGGAGGUUUCUUUGAGAUUUUGAUUGGAGUUUGCGUUUUUUUUGUAGGGCAAAAAAUGUUUCUUGUUGUGAAAAAAUUUCACUGUUUCAGAGUUUUCUCAUAUUUUUUGAAGCAAAUUUCAAUAUUUGCUUCACUCACUAAUUUUUUCAACCAAAAUUCGUCCGAAAAAAAAUAAUUUUUAAUUGAAAAUUUUUCACUGUUUCAAAAUUUUUCCUUAGUUUUGAAGGAUUUUAGAAAUUUUGUGUUCUUUUUGUAGGGCAAAAAUUCACAUUUUUUAUUGUUAAUUUUUCACUGUUUCAAAAUUUUCACAUAUUUUUGGAGGGUUUUUAAAAUUUUGAUUUUAUGUCGUGUUAGUCGAACAAAAAUUCACAUUUUUCAUAGUUUUUUUCACUGUUUCAGAAUUUGUUUUAUUAUUUUGAAGAAAAUUUAAAAAUUAGCUUUAGUUUGUAAUUUUAUUGUUCAAACCUGAAAUUCAUCCGAAAAAAAAUAAUUUUUAAUUGAAAAUUUUCCACUGUUUCAAAAUUUUCACAUAUUUUUGGAGGACUAUUUGAAAUUUCAAUAGAUCAGACAAAAAUUACAUUUUUUCGUUAAAAAUUUUUUCACUGUUUCAGAAUUUUCUUAUAUUUUUGAAGGAUUUUUUUUAGAUUUAAUUCAACUACUUUCUAUAAGUGAAUUUUCCAGAUUUUAGAAACAUUUUCUUUUUUCAGACCUCGUUUCCGCUCUCCUAACCGCAAUUUCAAAACGUGAAUCUGGCGAAUUAAUGGAUCCGGAAGAAAAACACGAAAAAGUUUCGAAAAUGUAUAAUUGGCCAGACGUGGCGAAACGAACUGAAAUUGUUUAUAAAAAAGCGUUGGAAGGUCCCGAACCGAGCAGAUUUACUAACUUGAAAAGGUGAAAAUUCAAUUUAUUAAUUUUUUUUUUGAAAAAUCGAUAUUCCACGUGGCAUUUUCAUACAAAAAUUCAUCAAAAAUUCAUUUUCAGAUACUACUCGCAAGGUUUGGGCUUCGGAAUUCUCUACAUCACAGUCUCCUGCAUGAUAUGUGUAUUUUUAACCAUACUCGAUACAAUCGAUCGAUUUUCAGCCAAAAAAGCGAAGAAAAUUGAAUAA